AUGCCCAAGGAAAGGAAGCAGAGAGGUCGUAGGGCCGAGAAGAAGAGAGAAGAGGAGGAUCUUGGGGAGGAUCAGUAUACUGAGCAGGUGAAUGAAGGGCGUGACAACUAUGAGGGCUAUGACAAUGGGUAUGAAGGGCAGGAACAGAGGUGGCCAGACCGAGAGGAGCUUCCGGAGGGUGCUGUUUAUGGACAGGCAUUCUUUGGUAUUCUUGACGUGGACGAGGAGAAGUACUUCAAGGGCAUCGAAGACGUCCUGACAGCAAAUAACUUCGGCGAUUCGGAAGAGCGACAAAUCUUCAUCGACAACGUCUUCGAAGAAAUUAAAGGACAGGAACUCAAGCUUGCUACUAGCCCAACAUCAUCGAAGCUCUUGGAGCAGCUCCUCGCCAAUGCGCCUGAUUCCGCGUUGAAGAAGUUCUUCGAGGCAUUGAAUGGUCAUUUCCUGGAGUUGGUCAAGCACCGGUUUGCGUCGCAUGUUUGUGAGACGUUGUUCACGCUUUGUGCGAGGGUUGUUGAUCGUGAAGUCAGAGCGCCGGAUGCGCAGUUCAUGGCUGGAUCGGAUGAGCCGGUUAUUUCGAUGGAGAAUCUGUUCUUGUAUAUGUGCAAUGAGUUGCAGCCGCAGAUCAGGUUUUUGGUCGAGGACCGUUUCGCGUCGCAUGUUCUGAGAAUUGUGCUUCUCGUUCUUUCGGGCCGUCCGCCGACUUCGAAUGAUGACAGUUCGACGUUGAGGAGUAAGAAGAGCGCGAAGUUCAAGUCGAGGCAGAUGAACUCGUUUGAGUUGAAGACGAGUGAUGGCAUGAUCCGAAUCCCCAGAUCCUUUAGGGAGACUGUGAGACAGUGGAUUGAUGAGCUUGCCGGACAUGCAUCGGUGGCGGAUGUGCGCGCGGUCGCCGUCAACCCUGUCGGUAACCCGGUUAUUCAGUUGCUCUUGGAGAUAGAGGCUGCGGAGAACUUGAAGGGUGAGAAUGGCGAGACUUUGGUUGCCAAGCUUCUUUACGGCCAGGAUGAGGAUCAUGAGGGGGGUGAGGAAGAAAGGGAUGAUUACGUCGAGACACUCCUUCGCGAUGCGGUCGGAAGUCAUUUGUUGGAGUGUAUCGUAAGAACCGUCAAGCCGGAUAUGGUACCUAAGCUUUACAAGGCAUACUUUAAGGGCAGGUUGGCGAAGCUUUCUCAGCAUGCCAUUGCGAACUUUGUUGCGCAGCGUGUUAUUGAGCGUCUCGAGACGGAGAAGUUGGUCAACGAGGUUGCUCACGAGAUCAUGCCCUUAUUCGACAAAUUGUUGAAGACGUCAAGAACGGGCGUCAUCAAGGCGGUUUUAGAGGCAUGUGCGAAGCAGAAUGUCCAGACUGAGGAGGUUGUGAACAAGUUGAUUGAGGCUAUGGGCUGCGACAGGAAGAAGCCUGCGGAUAUCUUGCCUACUAUGUUCAAGAUGGAGUCAAAGGAGCUGCAGAAAGAGGCACGCAGGGAGGAGAAGAAGCAGGAGAAGAUCCGGAAGAGGAAGGAGGCUGUCGCCAAGGGUGAGGAGUGGGCUAUCAAAAAGGAAGCCGAGGCUAAAGCUGAUGAGGAGAUUGAGAGGACUUCUUCCAGAUCGAAGCUGAGCAAGACUGGUGCUUUCCUAGCAAUCAGCGUGGUGCAGUUGCCGGGAGACGUGGGUCACUUCAUCGUUGACUCCGUACUGGCACAGCCAAGAGCGACCAUCCUUGAAUGGGCGGUUGAUGCUGUUGCGUCCCCUGUGUUGGAGGCAUGCUUGAAACGACCAACACUGAACGCGGUCACCAAGAGAAGACUGUUAAAUUAUCUCGACGGAAAGAUCGUCGAGCUCGCCUGUGAUGCAGCUGGCUCUCACGUCGUUGACGCCUGCUUGAACGCUACAAUGGGUUUGCAGAACUACCGAGAGAGUAUCGCCGCCGAAUUCCUCGCCAAGGCCGAGGAAGUCCGCGGUCACUUCUACGGCAGGCACGCCUGGAGGAACUGGAAGAUGGAUCUUUGCAAGAACAAGAAGGCGGCUUGGAUUGCUGCGUUAAGGUCUGAGGAUAACAGAAGAGAGUCGACGGUGAAGUUGCCGGAGCCUGUGACGAUCACCCCGGUGGUUGAGGAUAACCUGAAGAAGGAGAAGAGGAAGCGCUCGAAGGAGGGAGAGGAGCCUGCGGAUGAGAUCGAUAACCUUUUCGCGGCGGCGGAACAUAAAACAUCGAAGAAGGCGAAAAGGUCAUGA